GCAGUUUACAACAAUGGUGCUUAUUUGAAACCAGAUCUUCUGUUGUGACUCCUUCAACUAUCCUGCAAUAGCAAAGAACAUAAACUUGUGUCUUUACUUACAGAAUGGAAACAGUUUUGUUUGUUUGUUUUUUCCCUCUAGAGAUGGCAAAUCCUGAGGUCGUUACAAAUAGCUGUAGCUCUCAGCAGGAGGAAAAUGGCUGCACGUUUAACCAGAAUACAUCUCCCUCCGAGGAGCUUCUAUUAGAAGACCAGAUGAGGCGAAAACUCAAAUUUUUUUUCAUGAAUCCUUGUGAGAAAUUCUGGGCUCGAGGCAGAAAACCAUGGAAACUUGUCAUACAAAUUAUAAAACUUGCAAUGGUGACCAUCCAGCUGGUCUUUUUUGGGCUAAGUAACCAGAUGGUGGUAGCUUUCAAGGAAGAUAACACUAUAGCAUUCAAACACCUCUUCCUAAAAGGAUAUGUGGACCAAGCGGAUGACACCUAUGCAGUUUACACACAGAGUGAUGUAUACAGUCAGAUCAUCUUCGCAGUGAACCAGUACUUGCAGCUACGCAACAUCUCAGUCGGGAACCACGCUUAUGAGGAUCAGGGCGCGGAGCAGUCCGGUAUGGCGGUCUGCCAGUACUUCUACAAGCAAGGAAACAUCUGUCCUGGAAACGAUACCUUUGACAUUGAUCCCCAAAUUGAAACUGAAUGUUUCUCCGUGGAGCCAGAUGAAUCUUUUUACAUUGGAACACCAGAAGAAAAUAAACUCAACCUAACACUGGACUUUCACAGACUCCUAACAGUGGAGCUGAUGUUUAAACUGAAAGCCAUUAAUCUGCAGACUAUUCGUCAUCACGAGCUCCCUGACUGUUACGACUUCACUCUGACUAUCACAUUUGACAAUAAAGCCCACAGUGGAAGAAUUAAGAUAAGUUUAGAUAAUGACAUUUCCAUCAGAGAAUGUAAAGACUGGCAUGUUUCUGGAUCAGUUCAGAGAAACACUCAUUACAUGAUGAUCUUUGAUGGCUUUGUUAUCCUGAUGUGCUUGACUUCGUUAAUCCUGUGCUUUCGAUCUGUGAUUAAAGGAAUUCAGCUGCAACAGGAAUUUGUCAAUUUUUUCCUCCUCCAUUAUAAGAAGGAGGUUUCCGUUUCUGAUCGAAUGGAAUUUGUCAAUGGAUGGUACAUUAUGAUUAUUAUUAGUGACUUAUUGACAAUCAUUGGAUCAAUUCUGAAAAUGGAAAUCCAAGCCAAGAGUCUAACAAGUUAUGACGUCUGCAGCAUACUUCUCGGGACCUCCACCUUGCUGGUGUGGCUGGGCGUCAUCCGAUACCUCAGUUUCUUCCACAAGUACAAUCUCCUUAUCCUGACCCUUCAGGCAGCGCUGCCCAGUGUCAUGAGGUUCUGCUGCUGUGCGGCUGUGAUCUAUUUUGGCUAUUGCUUCUGUGGAUGGAUUGUGCUGGGACCUUACCAUGAAAAGUUCCGUUCUCUGAACUUGGUCUCCGAGUGCCUUUUUUCUCUGAUAAAUGGAGAUGACAUGUUUGCGACGUUUGCAGGAAUGCACCAAAAAAGUUACUUGGUCUGGCUAUUUAGCAGACUUUACCUCUACACGUUCAUCAGCCUCUUUGUAUAUAUGAUUUUAAGUCUUUUCAUUGCACUGAUCACUGAUACAUAUGAAACAAUCAAGGAACAACACAGAAGAGAUCUGGAAGUGAAUAAGAAAGUUGAAAAAAGAAAAAGGAUGUGGAAGUUUAAAGUCAAAGCAUUACCAGCAGCAUGGCUUCCCAGAGACCAGACUUCGGACAUUUAUAGCAGAGUGCAAAGAUCUACCCAACUCUGGAAAGUACAGAUUAGACGACGAACCUCCAGGAUCUGUAUUCUGCUGUUGUACAAAGUAGCUCUCAGGCUUAUCUGUGCUCUAGAGGAAAAUAUGAUGUGUAGCUGAGUUGGGAAACUUAUGGAUAUUUUAAGAUCUGGUGGAGUAUGUUUGAAGACUAUCAUUUUGAGCAAAUUGAUAGCUAUAAUUCAUUAAGAACGCAUUAGGUUUAUAAUUUAAAAGCAAUAAUUAUUGUCUUUUUAGCUUUAUGUUGAGUUUAUUUAAAACAAAACAAAACACUACCUUUGAUUAGUGAAGCUAUUGGCUUCUUAUUCGUUCUUUAUUUUGCCAUAGCUUUAGAAGGUGUUUUCUAUGCCACUCUUUGUUGUUGUUGCUGUUGUUAAUCCUCAUCCGAAGGUAUUUUUUCCAUUGAUUUUUAGACAGAGUGGAAGGGAAGGGGAGAGACAGACAGAAAUAUCCAUCUCCCUGACAGGGACUGGGGAUUGAGCCUGCAACCGAGGUAGUACGUGCCCUUGACCAGAAUUGAACCUGGGACCUUUCAGUCCACUGGUUGAUUGAUGCUCUAUCUACUGAGCCAAACUGGCCAGGGCUCCAUACCACUCUUUAGCUCUUAACCUCUUGCUUACAGUGAUUCGGACUGUGCUGAUUGCAUCAUCAGUGGAAAACAUUGCCUGGACUGGGCCCACUUGUGAGAGAGAGAGGAUGUUGCUGUAUAUCCAGUAAUCAUUGCUUUGUAAGACCAGGCCAGAAUAGGAAACAACCAACACUGACUAACACUCCAGUAUUUGUGAAUCUGUUAUAUGCUUCUUAUAGUUCUGGAGAGGAUCUGGUGUUUUAGUAUUCAUGUAUAAGUUUUCUCCUUCAGUGUUAAAGUAAAAAGUUGAAAGAAUAUCUUAUACAUUUAUGAAAAUUUAAAGCACCUUCAAAGGCAUGUCCUAUCCCACACGGAUUAUUUUAUCAGUACCUGCAUGGCCCUGUGGACACUGACGUACUGUGUGCCCUUCACAGGCACAUUCAGCCUCAGAAAGGAGCAGCAUUUUAGGGUUGGGAACUGUUGUUUUGUGGGGAGAGGUUCCAUAACUCACAUUUAAAACAUUUUAUAAAACAGCUUUCCUCAAAAUUUUAAAAUAAGUGGGAAAUGUAUGCCUUUAAAAGACACAGAACCAAAGUCUCUAUCCUUGCAAAAUGCUGAUUCGAAGUUUCAGGGAUUUUCCUAACAUGAAUCUUUGUUUUGUGUACUGUUUGUUCAAGUAGAAAUGAACUCAAUGAUGUGCAAUAAAGGUUUUCUCAAAGCAAACUCUUUUUUUUUGGAAGGAAACUAAUUUGUCAAUUUCUUAUUUUGGUUUAAGGGCUAAAUGAAGAUAGCCCUGAGACACUAAAAUCUUUAUUUAAUCAUGACCAUAACAAUGUUGAAAUGUGAGAUAUUAUAACAACCAUAAGCUAUGUUUGUAGUGCCUUUGGUUUUUUAGAAAUAAAAAAACCUAAACCUC